AUGGUUUGUAAUCAUUCCCAUCACGGUGACGCUCACUACUUGUCAGAGUUGAGGAUUGUGCUGCUGGGAUCCGGAAGAUCUGGGAAGAGGUCAUCAGGAAACACCAUCCUGGGCAGAGAGGAGUUUGAUACUGUAGGGAGAACAGCUCAGUGUGUGAAGAGACAGGAAAAAGUAGCAGGGAGGCAGGUCACUGUGGUGGAGGCUCCAGGAUGGUGGAGUAAUCUUCAGUUAGAGGACACUCCUGAACUGACUAGAGAGCAGAUUGAGCUCAGUGUGUCUCUGUGUCCUCCUGGACCCCAUGCUCUACUGCUGGUCAUACCUGUGGACACUCAGUUCACAGAGUCAGAGAGAAGAUCAGUGCAGGAACACCUGGAGCUUCUCAGUGAGAGAGUGUGGAGUCACACUAUAGUGCUGUUCACCUGUGGAGACUGGCUGGGAGACACACCCAUUGAGCAGCACAUUGAGAGUGAAGGAGAGAGUCUGCACUGGCUGGUAGAGAAAUGUGGGAACAGAUAUCAUGUCCUCAACAACCAGACCAGAGAUGAUCACAUGCAGGUUACACAGCUGAUGGAGAAGAUAGAAGAGAUGGUGGCAGGAAACAGAGAACAACAUUAUGAGAUUGUGAGUGGAGACUCCCUCUCUGACCGUUGGUCUCUCAGUAGUUCUGCAUACAGCUCCUUCAGAUCACAAGCUGGACCAGAGGAACAGCAUACACGCCCUGUCAAGAAAGCAAGCAGCUUUGACAUUAUACCACCAGACAUGAGUGGAGAAUCCAGUGGAGAUUCUGACCGCUGGUCUUUCACCAGCUCUGCAUACAGCUCCCUCAGAUCACAGACAGGAUAUGACAUCAGUUCUCUCCGUGGUUCCAUGAGGUCUACAGCUUCUUCACAGAGUUCGGGAGUUGGAUCUAUGAGUUCUAGAGCUGGAUCUGUUAGGAGUUCAGACUCCAGAGGAUUCAAGUUCCCAAACCUGUUUAAAGUGAAGAAGGCCCUUGGAGAUCUUCCUGAAGCCCAGGAGGCAUCAGACUCCACACACACCAAGAAGGAGAAGAAGAAGUCAGCAGAGAAGCAGGAGAAAUUAAUUAAUCAGGAUACACAAACUCCAGUAUAAAGAGUGUCUAAUGACACAGACAAUUAUGACUUUCAGUGGACAUUUUGUUAAUACAUAUUUCAUUGUUGUCAUAGUGUUCUGGAAAGUGAAGAAUGAAUUGCUGUGCAAUUCCACAUAUUGACCACAGAUGGCAGCAAAGCCAAUUUCACAAUAAUCAUUUUAGCCAUUCUGGCUGCCCCCAAAAAUAUGCCCCCCUCAUCUUCUUAAUAGCAUGGACAUCAGCAGUCACAGGAACAUCAAGCUGCUUGGAGAUGGUCCGAUAGCCUUUACCUUUAACAUGUGUG